AUGGACAAUAAAACACAGCGGCCUACAGCACGACGGAGCCCAGGCAGCGGGCAGCAUACGUCCAAAACUACACCUAAGAAAUCGCCAGUGCGUGGCAAAUACAAUGGCAAGGCAGCCGACGUGUGGGAGUUCGACGCGCCGCGGUUUUACGACUUUCAGAACACCCGGACACCCGGCAGGGCAGAUAAGUGGUUUGAUAUUUCGCACCCGACGCCAGCAAUCAAACCGACAAAAGCGUCGCGCAGCUACUCGAAUGAUAUCUUCUCGCCAGAUAGCGUAGACAGCUUCACACCGAACCGACCAUCAUUGACUCCAUCCCGGGUGAUCGAAACGGACGGAAAGCUUCUGUAUGACGAGUCGAAGGAUAGCCCGGGGCCUGUGGGCGGCGUGGUCAUCGAGGACGUGCAGUUUUCAGAUUCAGACGAGGAGCAGGAGUACGAAAAGUGGAAACAGAGGCAACCGCUGGCGCAGAAUAUGUCAGAGAGCGACAAUGAAGGGACGGUGGAGCUCGCCAGCAUGUAUGACCAGGAGCCAGAGAAGCAGAGUAGCAUUACAGUGGGGCCCUCUGCUAAACCGCGAGCGUUGAAGGCGAGGCGGCUGGUGCCGAAGCCCGCGCCAAAGAAGGGAUACAAGCCGCUGACGGUUCCGGUUGAGCGAGGGUUUAUGCGGCCAACCAAGGGCGCGCAGAGCCGGCUACUGCAGAAGCAGCACGAGAAUCUGGCGCAGCAGGCGGCACUUGAGGCUAUUGCACGGGCAAAACGGCGGAGUAGGGUGGAGCAGCCUGGAACACUGACGGUUCCUAAGCCAUUCCAGUUCCACGAGAACGCACUUAAGGAGGGGGAAGGGGAAAAGCAGGCAGAGUCGAGUCGGGGGACGAAGCGCAAGCAAACCGAGGAGACAGAGCUGGAGGAUCGGCCGCGUCCAAAGGCACUUCGGCCCACGGUGCCCAAGACACCGCAGUUUGCAACAUCCCUGCGCGUGCGGCGAGCAGCGGCGGAGCCGAUCAAGACAGCACUGAAGCCCAGCACGGCGAAAUCGGCAGCUAGUGCGAUUCUUGCACGGCUGUCGCCGCUGCGGCCGACGAUCGCCAAGCCAUUUACGUUCCGCAGCGAUGCGGUCGUGGAGAAGCACCUGCAGCGGCUGCGGGCGGAGAUGGCGAAGCUACGGGCAGAGGAGGAGGCGCGGCGACAGUUCCAGGCACAGCCGCUACCCGAGUUCCCGACACCGCAGAAGCCGGCGAGGCGAACAGUAGUGCCUUUGCAGGCGUCGCCGUUCAACCUACAGACGGAGGUGCGUGGGGCGGCGUACCAGCGGCAGCUGCGGGCGCGGCUGGAGGACCUAGAGGAGCGGCAGCGGAAGCGGCGGGAAUUCAAAGCGCAGCCAAUUCCUGAGUCGCUGGACCGGCCGUUUGUUCCAGCAACGGUGCCGGCCAAAGUGACGCAGCCCGAGGAGGUGGUUUUGCAGACGGAGGAGCGCAGUGAGGAGCGGCGGGUGUUUGACGAGGACCGAAUGCGGCGCGAGCGAAUUCGCGAGGAGGUGCUAGCACGCAAGCGGUUGGAGGACGAGAAGCGGGAGGAGGCGGAAAUGCGGCAGCUGCGGAAGCUGCUGGUGCAUAAGCCUGAACCGAUCCGGCAGUACCGGCCCACGGUUAUCCAGCCGUCGGACCGGCCACUGACGGUGCCCAAGACGCCCAAGUGGCACGUGCGCAGGCGGCGAACAAGCACGGCCGACAGCGCAACCGACGUAGAGAGCGAUGUGGCGCCGGAGAGCCCGCCGCAGUAG